GUAAACGUUUUAUAUAUACGUAUGGUUUUGGUUUUUUUUAUUUUUGUUUACCUUGUCUCUUGUUUACCUGGAGCUGGCACACACCUGUCUGUCUGGAAAAUUGAUAAUAGUGCGGCCGAUGCGGUGAAAGAAAGAGCUUAAUAAAGUCUUGUAAAGAAAGCAACAACAAUAAAGGCAACUUUGAACAAAAGCUGCUCUAAACAAAUUAACAUAAUUAAGGUGCGCGCAUAAUGAUGAUCAAAUGACAAACCGAAACCGAAACUGAAAACCCACAAAAAAAAAAACAAAAACAAACAGCGGUGUGAGGGGCAUUCAAAGAGCAUCCCAAAAAGGGAAUGGAUCAGCAGCAGCAGCAGCAGCUUGAACAUCAACAUCAUCAUCUUCAUCAACAUCUUCAUCAUCAUCGACGAUGAUCAUCGUCAUUAGCAUCGGCAACAGCUCCAACAUACUAUACAAAAAUUUCAAAUGAGCUAAAAACCAAAAGCGAAAAAUGUGCAGCGCGGGGCUAAAAAAAAAAAAGAAGACCUAAGACGAAGCGAACUAAAAACGUUUAUUGCAUAAUAAUAAAACCAACAAGCAGCAACAACAUCAACAACAACAACAACAACAACUGCGACUACAACACAUAUCAUCAACGACGACGAGACCAAGUCCAAGCCGAACUCGAACCCCAAGUCGAAGACGACCUCAAUUUUGAUAGGCAAAAAUAACAUAACACAACAAAACGAACGAAAAAAAAAAACAGAAAAAAACAAAAUUGCCAUCAAAUAGAGAGGAAUAUAGAGACUAGAGUAAAGAUUUGCAUUACGCAUACGCAACGUUAGCCCAGCACAAACAGUUUUCAAUUAACAAUGGAUCUCUGCGAAUUGCUGCAUCAAUUGGGCAUCCAUAUAUUGGAUAUAUUUAAAAUCUAUUUGAAAUAUGCUUUCAUCACAUUGAUUCUAUAUUUCAUAGCCGAAUGGUAUAUUUUACGCUACGGCGAUGAAUUGGAAGCCCAAAUCGAUGCUCAUUUGAUCAAUGGGAGAGAUCAAGGAGAUCGUCCCCCGUCGAAUAGUACAUUGAGUAAAGUGUUUCGUUUUAUUGUUAAUUUUUUUAUACUUUAAAGAAACAGUGACAAGGUCACAUAACCAUACAAAACAUGCAUAACUAGAUGAAUUUAAUCAAAAAAAAAAAAAACGUUUUCGGGGAAUUGGAAUUGAAAUUGCAAUUCCAGUUAGACCUCACCGCUCACCCCCUGCCCCCCAACAAAAACCACACCUAACACUCCCCGUUCGCCCUACAACUUAUACAGACCAAUUCAGUCGGUAGUCAAUCGCAAUCGCUGUCCAAGGCCCUAUACUCUAAGAGAAUGUAAAAACACAAAGAAAUAAAAA